UUUCAGCGUUAUUUUUCAAACUCGGCCUUCAUCCCCGCGCUCAAAAGCAACCCUUUCGUUGAAUAAUAUUAUCAAUCAGCAUCUCUAAAAUGCCUUUCACAGAGAAAGAAAAAGAAAGACGCUGAAAUUCAAUAAUCCAUUCCAAAUCCGAGGAGCCCCAGCGAGCGAGCGAGCGAGCGAUCAUCAUACAUCUAUUCAUCUCUUUCUCUCAAUCUCCGCCUCACCGUCGAGCCUCUUCAAAUCUCAGAUCCACUACGAUUUUUCCGAUUCUGUAUAUAUAUACGCAUCCACACGCUCUCAACUGUAUCUGUAUGUAGUGUAGACCAGAGGCGGAGUGAAAAGUUCGAAUCCGAGGCGCUAAAAGAAGCAUAGUGUUGGAGAUUGCUGCAUUCGGCGUUCCGUUUUUGAGUAACAGUGACCGUAAAGACCGAAAAGAGAGGCAUCGGACGGGGCUCCUUUUGCCUUGCGUUUUUAUAUAACACGGCCAAAAGGCUCUCGCUUUAGCAUGGUUGUAGAAAGAGCUAAGCAAUGCAGAAUAUGAAGAAGAACUGCGAUAAUAGUCACGAUGAAGUUCCCAAGCAGAAAGAGCGUCGCAUCGUUUCGUGGUCUCAAGAGGAGGAUGAUAUACUCCGCGAGCAAAUUCGCAUCCAUGGAACUGAAAAUUGGUCGAUUAUUGCGUCGAAAUUCAAGGACAAAACAACCCGGCAAUGUAGAAGAAGAUGGUACACUUACUUGAAUUCUGAUUUCAAGAAGGGAGGAUGGUCUCCAGAGGAAGACAUGCUCUUAUGUGAGGCUCAAAAAAUAUUUGGGAACAGGUGGACUGAAAUAGCAAAGGUAGUUUCGGGAAGAACUGAUAAUGCUGUGAAGAAUCGAUUUACCACCCUGUGCAAGAAGAGGGCAAAACAUGAAGCCUUGGCAAAAGAGAACAAUACUUCAUACAUUUAUCCAAAAAACAAAAGAGUUCUCUUUCGGAAUGGGUUCAAUGCAUCAGGAAUAUCAGAAAAUGCAUCACCCAUGAAGAAAAUGAGGAGGACCCAAAUCUGUGAUCUCACAGAAACUUGCAACCGUGGGGAAAGAAUACCAAGGGAAUCUGGGACAACAAAUAAGCAGUUAAGACCUCCAUUUGCAGUACUGGUGCAAAACUUCCGCAUUGCAGCGGACCUGCCCACUCAGCAUUGUGCCACCACCAAGGAGACGUCAAGUGAUGCCCAUAGUGACAAAACUCAAGGAACAUUCCUCAAGAAAGAUGAUCCAAGGAUAUUUGCAUUGAUGCAACAAGCAGAACUGCUCAGCUCCCUUGCAGUCAAAGUUAAUACCGAGAAUACAGAUCAGAGUCUUGAGAAUGCAUGGAAGGUUCUCCAAGGUUUUCUCCAUCAAACCAAAGGGAGUGAUAUGCUUAGUACAACAAUUUCUGAUAUGGAUUUUCAACUUGAAAAUUUUAAAGACUUGGUAGAGGACUUGAGGAGCAGUAUUGAGGGAAGUCAACCACCUUGGAGGCAACCUGAGCUAUAUGAGGAGUCCUCUGGCAGUUCUGAGUAUAGUACAGGAUCAACCAUUCUCUCCCAGACAGCAGAUAAAACAGGACAAACUCAAGGUGAGCUAUGCGCACCACAUCAGGACUGUAUAGCUGAGUCACAAUCAACUCAUGUGGGAGACCAAAAUGGUUUUGGUGAUAGAGAAAAUGGAAUUAUCUCUGGUGCAACUGGAACUCAAGAUUUCUUACCAUCUUGCAACGAUCUGAAAGAUCAUGAUGGGGUGCUUUCUUCCUUCUCAAGUAAAGAGUUCAGUUCUCCUCUUCAAGUAACCCCAAUUUUUAGAACCCUAGCUGCAGGGAUUCCCAGCCCCAAAUUCUCAGAAAGUGAGAGGCAGUUCCUACUCAAAACACUUGGAAUGGAGUCCCCGUCCUGUAAUCUAAGCAACAAUGCCUCACAACCUCCACCCUGCAAAAGGGCGCUUCUCCAUAGCCUAUGACCGGCCUUACUGAUCCAUCUCACAUACAGAGUGUGCAGGGGAUUUUACAGUCAGUAUAACAACUUACCUAAAGUUUUUGGCACAUAGAGCUUUUCCUUUCCCAGAGUCCGAUUUCCUUUGGAUCGCAGUCAUCUCGACCCCAAGUUUUUUGUCUGAGGCCUAUUAAGAUCUGCGUUUCGAGCUAGAAUGUUACGGUGCAUUCUGGUAGAGCACCCCUCAUAUUUCAUCAUUCAAUCUCCUCAUCAGUUAUGAGCCCUAAUACUCUCACUAAUUUCCAGUUUGCCUUUGAAGUGUGCUUUGUUUAUUCUCUUUUAUACUUCACAUUAUGGGAUUUGGAUAUGGGUAUUCCUCUUCCCAUUCAAGGUUUUGUUCCUGAGUUGUCAUUUGUACAGAACCUGCAGUGUCUUCCAUUACCUUUUGAGAUUGUAAUUACACAUCGGCAUCUCGCCUAUACCACCCCUUGAUCACGGGGGUCUAGAAGAAGGAAAAAAAAAAAAAAAAAGACAGAGAGAGACAGGAGGAUCAAGAAGUUGAAUUGAACUCCUAUUUGUUGUUUUUUCUUUUUCUUUUUUAGGCUUGCAGAGGAGGGUAUAGAAUAAGCUAAGUUGUAUUCUUUCCUUCAAACAUAUUUUCUUGUAACAUAACUUAUAUAUAUUUAUUUGGAGUGGAGAAUGUGAUUGGUUUUUGUGUGCAGAAA